AUGAUGAAGCUGUCCGCAACGCUGCGUAAAGCGACCGUCGACGAGCUGGCCGAGAUGCUGGCGCAGAAGGAGAAAGAGAAUAAACACGACCUUGACGUGAAAGAGGAAAAAGGAGAAGCUGCAGAAACGGACGUGGUGAAGGAGGAAAAUCUGAAGUCCCUGGCCUCACCGAGCUCCAUCUUCCCAUCUCAUGCUCAGGUUCUCGUUCUGCUCUCGAAAGCCGCUCAUUCGGGCGUCGUCUAUCAACUUGAGAAGGGCAUCACGGAUGUGCAUUAUAUUGCUACACUUCUAAAUCCCAGCACCCGCAACAUGAACCGAUUCGAUCAAGCCGAAAAAUCCAUCGCUAUCACACAUCUUGAAGAGUACGUGGCAGACUUGGAAGAUGGCGAUAGCAGCUCAGAUUGCGCAAGCUCUUCUCAGCCACCAGCGAAGAAAGCAAAACCCGCGUUCUUCAGUGCCAUCUGCGAUGCACCCGUAGCCGUCAGAAGCACCGCCGCCGUCCAAAUCCAAGAGUACCUCAACGCUGGAUACGAUCCGGAAGAAAAACUAGAGGUUUUUUGGCUCGCCAAUAAGCUCAAGUCCCCAUUGCUCUACAAAACCGUCCAAAAAAUUUUUGCGAUUAUGCCCUCUGAAGCUAUUUGUGAGCGCGCUUUCUCGAUUCUGAAGUCUGUUGUGGGUGAUAAGCGGCGCCGUCUAUCCCCGGAAUCCGUAGAACAUGUUGUUAUGAGCAAAAUGAUUGCA